AUGGAACCAAAGACAUUCGAAACUGUCGGUGAUGAGGCUACAAAGCUCAACAUCAAGCCAGGACUUGGUGUUUGUGUUGAGGAGAACGGUGCCAAGGUUGGUGUCUUCACAGACCUUCAACUUCAGAAUCCAUCAAUCAACAGCAGCUUCAAAUUACCAGUCGGCACUGUCGAUUGCAACAUUGCCAAGGAUGGCGUUGUUGGCGUAGUUCUUAAGCCAGAUCUCAAGCAGCACGGCGUCACAGUCAGCAUCAACCCAAUUGAGAAGAACUUCACAUUCAGUGUCAAGAAGGAAUGCACAUGCACACACUACGAAGCUACACUCGGCUACAACUCCGCCAAGAAGGCUGCCGAAGCCCACCUCUACAAGCAGUUUGCUGUCAAGGAUUCCAAGGUCAACUGCUACCUCGACAUCACAGGUGUUAACAACACAAAGCCAGAUGUCAACUAUCGUAUCCGCUACGAUCUUGAUAAGAUCGGUCUCAGAACUCACUGGGAUGGCAAGGAUCAGAGAUUCGCUGCCUUCCUUGACCUUAAGAAGGCCAUGAUCGGCACACACUUCUUCUUCAACAAGGCUGUCAAGUCCGUCGAUAUCUACGGCCUCAAAAGCUUCAAGUGCGGAAAGGCCUCCCUCAUCGCCACAGUUCUCGGUGAGCAGAGAUGCCGCCUCAACUUCGAAGGCUGCUGCAAGGAUUGCUCUUAUGGCGCUAAGAUCGACUACCUCCACGGUGAGAAGCCAGAAAUCACAGCCAAGUUCGGUGGUGCUUCCAAGUGCUGCUCCCACUUCUCCUGCAAGUACCUCGCUACAGUCACAAAGAAGGAGGCUACAACAUUCGGAAUCCAGACAAGCGGAACAUUCCCACUCCACGGAUUCGGCAAGGCUACCGUCGGUUGCGCUCUUGCUGAUGUCAAGGACUACAAGAACAUCGGAUACUCAUUCCUCGUUGAGUUGAACUAA